AUGGAAAAUGAUCAUGACAACAGAGGUGACAAUGGUAGGAAGAAGAACAGAAUUAAGGUUGUUUGGAGAAGGAGACUGGCGAUGAGCACAUGCAGAGAUGGUCGUCUUCCUCUCUAUGCAAGCAGCAAGAAAAAGUUCACACCUUGUCCUCCAAGCCAUGAGGUCUUCAAAUAUCUGGUGCCAUUGCUAGCUGCCCUCGUCGCCAUGAGGUAUCAAGCCAAAGGAAAGGAUCCAUUUGAGGCAUGCCCUAUAAACAUGUGGUGCUUCUGUAUAUCCACAUUCAUAUACUGCCUCGCAAUGGGGAUACAAAAUCAAACUAAAACCCGUGACAUACAAGUCUUAGCCCAUGUUAUUCUCGUCUCUGGAGCUCUUUCAUCGAUCUCACUAGGAUCGGUCAUCCUCCCACACUUUCUUGGCCAACUCAUUUUUGCUGUACUGGCAUUUUUGCUAAUAAUCUUAGCACGAAAUAAACUAAAGCAUGCAUAUUAUUGGCUUUAUAAUAGAGUUACCAAUGUGGUUGCCCUCCUCUUUCCCAACGUUCAGAAUUAUUCGGACCGACACAACCAGCCAUAUCCAUCACCACCGGUGUAA